AAUCACAGAAAAACUGGUUGUUAUCUGUUUCCUCCUUCACCUGUGUAUAUCAUUUUGUGCAACUGUCCAUUUUUUUUCACAUGGUGAUGAAAUGUACCUGUACUAAUGAUACUAUCAUUUGGUCGCCUACGCCCCGUCCAACUUUCGGGACUUGUCGGUAGGGGAUCUCCCGCUUGAAAAACCGUAGUCGAGCGGUGAAUCUCGAUUGUGCUGUUUGCUUGAUCAACUGCCUUUUUGUCGCUGGCUUUGCUGGCGAAGUCUCGUCUUUGUUUGUAGUUUUGACCCUGAGAUUGUUGCAGACGAACUAGCGGUAAUUUUGUCAUGAAUACUCAUAAUCACGAUCAUUUGGCUGGUGUGGGAGGCGUCUUUCAAACUCUUGAUGAAAUUGAUUUCGCUAGAGGCCCUUGGACGCCAGCUAUGUAUGGCGACUAUCCCGCUAUUAAGCUGUAUUUGCAGAAGGGCGGCGAGCCGAAUUUGAUGGAUUCUUCUGGUUACACACCAUUGCAUUAUGCAGCACGGGGUGGAUACUAUAACAUAUGCAAUGAGUUAAUUUUGUCUGGAGCAAGUGUUAAUCACACAACAAAAUCUGGGAAAUCAACCUCUUUGCAUCGUGCUGCAUCACAGGGAUGUAAUGAUGUAGUAAAACUAUUGAUUAAAAAUGGUGCAAACCCACGAAUGAUUGAUGACGAUGGAAAGACUGCUUUGCAUAAGGCAGCAGAAGGAAAUCAUGCUGAAGUUUGCAGGCUAUUAAUAGAAUCAGCGCCAGAUACACAAAACGUAUUGGAUAAAAAAGUCAAAUAUCCCAAGGAUUAUGUCCUGUGUACAGAUGAUCAGAAGGAAACUUAUAAAGUUAUGUGGUGGACUUGAAAAAUAUAUUCAUAUCCAUGGGGUGAAAUUAUGCCAUUUUAAAAAUUCGAUCGAUUUCAAAGACGGAAAAAAAAGAAACAGUAUGAAGACCAUGUUUGCGGCGAUGACAAGAGACAGAGAAAUGCAUUCAAACAUUCAAAUUUCUUGACUGAAUUCGAGUAUUAGCAAUUUGGUCAUUCUUAAUUGUAUGAGUAUGCUCUUAAUUUCAAGUACAAAAAAAUGACUGCAAAAUUUUACAUCUUCGAUAUACAAAUUUAUAUUGUUCAAUUUUAUUUUGUUAAAUUAUUUAUUCCGUUAUUUUUAUUCAACUUUACAG